AUGGAAGAUCUCAAAGGCUUUGCAAUGGAAACCCUGGAAGAUUUUGCCCAGCUGAUGCCAGGGACCCCCCAGCCUGGCUUGGGGGGCUCCAGAUUCUCCCUCGCCCACUGCCUCUCCCAGAACGCCAUGUUGGGGUGCUACCCCGGAUCGUUCCCCAGCCCGGCUGAGUUGCCUGCCUAUCCCCAGGAGAACUUCAGGAAUGGGGAGUGGUAUGCUGCCAGCCCACCAGAAGGACCCUACCCUCCAAUCUCCAGGUACGUGGGGACACCUGGAUUCAGCGUGCCCGGAGGGGACUGUCUGGGCUACUUCAGCGACAUGGUCAAGUCACCCCCCUUCUCGGUGGGGAGCCCCUCCAAGCGGAAGCGCCGAGUGCUGUUCUCCCGGGCCCAAGUGGAGGAGCUGGAGAAGAGGUUUCAGAUGCAGAAAUACCUGACCGCCCCCGAGCGGGAACACUUGGCCACCGUGACGCGCCUCACCCCGAACCAGGUGAAGAUCUGGUUCCAGAACCAUCGCUACAAGCUGAAGAAGCAGGGGAGGCAGCAGGAGCCCAAGGCCGGCCUGCAGCAGGAGCCCCCCCCGCCCUGCGACAGCAGCACCGUGGCCCACCACGGCGGCUACGCUUUCCACCGAACCUUGAUGGAGGAGAAACUGCUCCUGCAGCAUUUGUCUUCCAGCCCCAGCUCGAGCGCUGACUCUCAGCCCGGCGUCAAAACUGCCGAGAGCAGCUUCCUCUUGGGCAAGCCGUGGUAG